AUGAAGCGCAUUCUCAAUUUCCGCCGUCAUUCCACGCUCAAGGAGUAUAGUACCACCAAGGAGAUACCCAGAAUUGAGCCGAAUCGAAGCUUCAGUGUCAUAGACACUUCGACUCGCGACAGACCUGGCUCUCCAGUCAUCGAGCGGCCAUAUCUCGACCCCCUUACUUCACUAUAUCUACGGAAUUCAUGUUCACUGCUUGUUGAAAAUGUCAGGUGCCGCAAAUUUCCCAGUCAGCCCGCUCUGCCCGCAAAAACUACCACAUCAAACCCUCCAGAGCAGCCGCUCCCUGAGCCUACCUUUCCGCCUGCCUACUCCAAGCUCCCGACAGACCCACUUCCAAUGGCGCCUGAGAAAGCGUCAAUACAGCAGCCUAACAGGCUCGCUACCCUGACUGAAGAACCGGCUGUGUGCAAAGGUGAAGAGCACGGUUCCGCCAUUCCGAUGCCGUCUGCAAGCAUUAUACCAGAACGAAAAAACACCAUAAAGCGACCACGCACCUCAAACGCAUUAAAUACAGAGACACAGGCGCCCCGGAAUGACUUCUUUCUCGUGAAGUCUAAAAGUACCAGUAACCUCAAGUUUCGGUCGGAGCGAUCUGUCAAAAAAGCUGCUUCUCAAAACGCCAUGUCGGGCCAUAAAGCUGCAAAUGAAGGCUCUCUUGAAGACCCUGCAACCCUCUCGAAAGAACCUCUUAUCACAUUUCGCGAAUGCCUAGAACGCCGAUUUGCUAUGGAUACAUCUAUACGAAUUGAUUUCAACGAGGCAAAUAUCGUGUCUCCCGCGCACGAGCUGCCAAUGGACAAUGAAACAUGUUCCCCUUCGCCUUCCACGUGUCAGCCGUUGAGCGAGCCCAAUUUAUCUGGUUCAACGCUGGUCAAACCUGAAACGCACUCUACUUCAGAGCUCAAACGUCAGACAACCCGGUCGUUACCCAAACGAUUUGCAGCACACUUUUCGUGGAGGAAAUAUCAGAGGCACUAG